UCGGUAUCCUCGCUGUACUAGCCAGGAACCCGAACCAUCGCGACCCCCAACUUUCCCUAACUCAGCACUUUCGUGCGGUGUUGCAGUAGUCCCACAAUAUUAUCUUCAGCUGCCGAAGUGUAACUGUAGUUUUUCUUUCAUCUAGUACAUGUACAUGAAUCUUCUAAACAGUUCCAUGAGAAGUAGUUCUUGUGGGCUCCUUUUUGUAACACACUCUAUAGGAGCAAACUACAUCAGAGAAAUUGAGUUUCUAUGGUUCGCCAAGAUGAACGCCACGCCCACGCGAGGCUUCCGCGUUUUGAGUCGCCGGUCAGAGGUGCUCUAGUGUCAUUCCGAGCAUAGCUCCUGCGAAGCGACGCGCCAUCACCAAGACAUUAUUUACACAGAAGAUUGAAUCAAAACUACCUCCAACCAAGGGAAACGCGCUUGCUAAGAAAUUAGUGCGGUAGAAUAAUGUUAAAAGAAGUGAAGAACUAAGUGCUCGAGAGAAGGCACUGAGAAGUGCAACCUCCUUGUGGUCAUCCUCUCCCUUUGGUAGUACUACAUCAGGACGAGGACGACUACGAGUACGACAGGACGUGGGCAUAGGCGCCACAUCAAAGGAUUGGAGGACUUCUAGUCGUGACAACUACAGUAAUCACUGGUGCUGGUCAACAUCAUCUCCACUACUUCGCGAUUGUUGCAACUUCGAAAACUACCACAAGAUGCCAGCGAACGUUUUCAGUCCGAACGCGGCUAAGCUAGCUGAUACCAAAAAGUACUACAAGGCGUCAAACCACAUAACUAGGCAAAAUGACGACCGUUUCGAUCGGCAGAGGUUCGAGAACUACACAGCUUGGUUGGACACGCAGUCAAGAGCAAUGCAAAAGUUAUGAUGAUAUCUGCUUGUGGUUGGCAUUGGCUUUCGUCUUGAGCAACUUUGUAUGUGGUACUUGUCAUUGUCUCACAGGUGACCAUAUUGACGAUGACCUUUCAUUUUCCAUCGCAAUGUAAGUAUGUGUAUUUUAAUUUUUAUUUGCAAGUAAGUUGAUUCAUUUUCAUAAUUCUUCACUUGCAACCACCUCUUCUAACGCAAAGUGAGACUUACUUUUUCGGAAGAAAAGUCGAGAAGCCAUUGUACGGCUUCGAGCCGCCAAGAGAGCUCUUCCAGAAGGACAAGCAAGAAAAGCCUUUCGUGAUUCAGGUAUCUACUUUGGUCUCAAUUUUAGUCGCUUGUUAAGGUUGUUUAUUGGAAUUGGUCAAUCACCAGUAUCAGUAUCUUGACAGAUGCGCAAUAGGAAAAGCAAAUGUUUAUGUUUACUUCUCAAAGACCACGAUCAGAAACAGAAUGAGCUAUCUCUGUAACUGAUGUGCCACCUGUCACACAUGCAUGAUCCUCAAUCUAUCACCUUAAAACAGGAACCGAGUUUUACAUCCGGAACAGUUUGCGCGAGAAAGUACGAUAAAAACUACAUUGUCACUGAUGACAAACUUGAGGACUUGAGGGCGGAUCCAUAUCACGAGCCAAACUUCAUGGCUAUCAAAACGAAGGAUCACUUUGGAGAUCACAGGUACAACUGAUAGAAGAAGUAAGCUCAUGUAAGAUGUUCUUCUUCCCAUCAUCCUCGGAGGCGAGCAGGUGCCGGUGGGGCUCGUCGUGCAGGAUCCAUAACCUAACCUAACCAUCUUGUAGCUUGUAAAAGAUUAUUCUAGUAGUUCGAAAUUCAUUUUCAUUUACUAUUUAAUUCGCUAUAAGCAUAAGCUCCUUUUCUCCGGCUCGGCAACAUCAAAAUCAACAUCAAAAUCGAGGUCCGGAUCACGGCAUCCAAUGAAAGAGAGGCUUCCGCAACUAUGGAGACCGGUGGACAAGGAACUUAGGAAAGCUGUGCCCCAGGAGAUGGUAGACUCGUGGAUGAAGGCGAAUGGCGGCGAUAGCAAAAAAUCGAAUAAAACGGUACUGAUUUUCCAUCUGAAACAAGUCUAGUAAAGACUGAUUUCUUGAUGUAGUAGAUCAUGUGCUUGCAUCUACUAAACGUACUAAACCACUAUUAGUAUUACGUGGUUGUAAAUGAUUAAUGCUUAUGCUGUGCCUGUGGUGGUGCUGCUGCUGAUGACCAUGUUCAUCGUCGUUCAUCGUCGUGCGUUGCCCUUCAUCUCAAACACUUGGUUUAGGUUUGCUUGACCUAGUAUCCUUCAAAAUCGAAUUCUACAGGAUCCAACUUUCCAAGUGCUCUUUCGCAGCGACAACGACGUCCUGGCGCGUUCCAACGCACAGAGAAUACGCGAGUUGAAUUUGGACACUAGUACCACAGCAUUGCCUCACUACCUAGAGGAACAGAAAAAAGGACUGCCUUAUGGCUUCUAAAAGAUUAAGCAGCACUAUAGACUAUGCUAUGCGUACUAGUAAUGCUUGUACUUGCCCCCGUUACUACUUGUACUUCUUCGUGAAUAUGAAACAAGAGAGACAUUAUGUACUCCUAAUUUGCACAUUUUUCGAAGAGUACAAAUUGGUGCUCUAAUCCCGACCACCUCCAGAACCUCCUGUUAUUGGUGAAGAUUCCCUACUCCCAGCCGACAAGACCGGAAGAAUCUUCAAAAAUCACGAAUCAGCGAGAUUGCAGAACGUUGUGCGGAAAGACGAACGUUUUGUGCAGGAAAUCGAUCACUUGUAUUUAUGAAGAUGGUUUUUUUAUAGGCUGGUAGGAACAAAGCGAAAGCUUGUUUACUUUAAAUCCUCAUGCAAGAAGUCAGUGACUUGCAUGAAGAUGAAUUACAAGUCAUACAUUAGGAAUGACUUUUGAAGUCACUUCUAAUGCAUUUCUUUCCUGACUAGAAUCCCAUGUCGAUUUCAACCAGAGGACUAGUUCCUUCUCCCUUCCUCACCUCUAAUUUCCCCCGCAAAAGAGUUUCCACCACCGUUCGAGAACCAAGGAGCACUGAAGUAUGCAGGUGGUCUCAGGGACCCCAAGGCGACGAGAGAGGAAUUCCUCAGUCCUAGAAGUCAAGCAGAUAUAAUGAGCGUGACGUUAUGGCUUCGUCAUGUUGAAAAUUUGUCCCUAGACGUACAUCACGUAGAUACGGAAAUGGAUUCAUCCCCUACCUCGAUUAAUAAGUAUUUGCAAACGGAUUAUUCCUAGAAGAGGUGGAGGGUAUGGCUAUGGGAAGAUAGAGAUACCCUUUUAUUUCCACAUCAAGGAUGAUCUACAGCUACGCGCUGCUCUAAUCACAUCACCUAGGAGCUCUCCAGGAGGCGGAAGACUCCCAGCAAAAUGGCUUGGGAAGCACAUGAAAGGAGACGCGCUGAAGGAGUAUGAGACUGUCACCGGGGUUACAGCAACCGUUUCCUCUCCUGCUAAAAGGGUCUAUCCAGAAGAAAGAAUUGGCACGGAACAAGAACGAUUAGCGGAGUGGAAAAGUCUAGCUUUAUGACAGACUUCUUCGUCUUGUGUAAUAUAACAACAUGAUAAACAUUCUAGAUCUAGUUCUAGGUGUACGCGAUGUAGUUACACAUAAUUUGCAAUUUUCUCUAAAGUUGUCGUACUUAUGCACUAGCGGGAGUCCUGCUUCAUGAUUAUGCUACCGAUCUAAAGAUGGCUAAGACUAGAGACAAGGCCCUCACUGCUAAUACCCAAAGUCCCUGCCCACGGUGUCAAAGGCGGUGUCAAAGAAAUACUGAGGCAAAGCUCAAUCCUCCUCAAGGUCCAGCAACAUCCACCGGUAGUACCUCGAAAGGUGUUCGUAUCCGGCGCAGACUUCGAUCGCAGAGGCUGGGACAGAGACACACAUCGAAAUAGAAUGAGAUAUAGAGGAGGUACCGCAGUUGUGUCAGCUGCUUUUCAACAUCAUAUUAUAUAUAUAACAUUUGGCUUUUAUUUGAUCAUUAUCCGAUGUCCUGGAACAAGGUGUUGCCGGAAGAACAUAUGAUAUUGAAUUUUUUUUUCCAAACCAGGUCCUCGCGUCCUGGAAGGUGUUGCCGGAACAUGGGCGCCAGAGGGUAGCGGCAUGGGAGCAUUUGCAGCGGCGCAGGCAGGCUGAUAAGGGCACUACUUCUCGAAGGAGGAACAGAUUAUUUCGUCUGAUGAAGUAGAACAAAUUAGAAGAGUAAAACGAAUACCCGAUUCUGUUCUGUUCAUCGCAAUACAAUACAACAUCGCUUGCGCAAGAACAUGAAAGUUUUAUAAUGCACUCGUUUUUAUUACCAUGAAAAUGAAAAAGUCGAAAUACAAAUAGGAAAUUGAAAUACGAAAUUAGUUGUUGAAAUGCUUUGACAAAGUAAUACUUCCUCGUCCCGAGAGCAAGUUGUAGUCACUCAUUAUUCGUUGAAAUCACACUUUUUGCUCAGUGCUUAAGCUAAAUGACGCGCGUAAAUGUACUAGGUAUUAUCAAGAGUACUAUUUGUUCCAACAUAUCUAUCUCAGUAGGGACCAAAGAAGUCAGAGAUGAAGGGAACAAAUUCAAACGUAGACAACAAGUUAAACGACGUACGAAGUGAAAAGUAGGCGUGGAGGUUGUGAAAACAGAAUGAACGAUAUAAUACUGGACAUCCACUAUCCAGCACCUCUUGAAGAUGACACCAGGAGACGUCGACUGCAUAGAGAAUGAACAGGUUGAUUUUUGACCCCG